UGAGUGACGACUUCAAUCUGAACUUGAAGCUGGGAUAUAAAGAAGUUUCAGCUCUGACUCGUUUCCCUCUUCGUAUUCGACCUCCAGUCGGACUGCGGAGCUGAGAUGGUGAACAGGUCCGCCGUGGUGGUCCUGGUCCAGGGACUGUCUCUGCUCCUGUUCCACCCGGCGUGUGACGCCUCCUCUCUGGGGAUGUCCGUCCACGUGGCGCCACUGGAGAGCACCGGAGGGAAAACGGUCGUGGCUCACUUCACGGCCGUCCUCCCCGGUCCGUGUCUGGAUGUUUCCGGAGUGUGUUCGUCAGGAGAGGACUGCCUGGUCCAGAGCUACUCCGUCCCUUACACCGGCUCGCUGCCCUCGCCGGGCUGGUGUGUCCGCCGGUGGCAGAGCGCCGUGCCCAGCCACUACAGCGACCUGCUGCUUUUAGGGCCCAGCACACAGCUUUAUGUUUCCAUGAAUGCCGAGCCCAACAUCCGGGGCUACAACGGCAAGCUCAACCGCCCGGCCUUCGCCGCUCUUCCUCCUCCGUUCAGGGCCCGGGUGAACUGCUCUCGCCUCUUCCAGCUGACGGUGAAAGACCCGGACGGGGACAAGGUCCGAUGUCGCUUCGCCCGUCCAAACCUGGGGGAGUGUCGGGACUGCGUGCAGCACUCCUUUAUUGAUCUGGACGAGGAAAGCUGUUUGCUCAGGUUCACUGGAGAAGCGGCUGCAGGACGUUAUUUCAUCCACCUGAUGGUGGAGGACUUCAUUCCUCUUCCCAAAACGAGAUAUUUGGUGAACAACCCCCCUCUGAGCUCCGUCCCGCUGCACCUCUCUCUCACUGUGGAAGAGUCGGACACCAGCUGCAGCGAGGCGCCGCUGGCGUCAGACGAGACCCCCAAAGACCAGUCUGAGCUGCCCGUCCUCCCGUUCCAGGAAGUCAGGUUCACCAUCAUCUACAUGUCACGGCUGGAGAGCGUUUCAGAGAUCGCAGUGAUCGGCUCCGUCGAGCUCUACAGGUUCGGCUUCACGUCGGUCGGCCCCUUCACGAAGCUGACCGUCUCCUGGGUCCGGUCUGACAACGCCACGCUGACCCCGCUGCUGCCCGUCUGCUUCGUGGCCAACACCCAGAGUUUGCAGUCGGAGCCGCGGUGUGUGUGGUUAUACCAAAGGGAAUUGAGUAAACUACCUCCAGGAACAGAGCUGAAGUGUGACGACGCCGAGAUGAGCCUGCUCCUCCCUCUGGCCUCGCUCGCUGACGUUAACCUGGCCGAACUGCAGCUCAACAGCCCCUCCUGCCCCGUCGACUACAACAGCACUCACCUGACGGCACACAUCUCCCUGAGCGGCUGCGGCACGCAGACUGUGCACGCCGGUUCGGACCUGGUUUACACCAACACCCUGCGGAGUGUGCGUCCCUACACGGUGGUCAACCGCAGGCCGUCGCUCCUCUUCCCCCUGGCCUGCCGGAUCCCUGCCGCCCAGGUCCAGGGGCCCCACCACUCCAUCGACCUGCCCACCGAGAGCGAAACCUUCGGAGAUUUCAGGUUUUGGAUGGAGUUUUACCCCCCAGGAGAGGGACCCUUGGCACAGUUCACCAGCAGACCCACCUUCCGCUCAAACCCCUUGUUCGAAAGUCGAGCCCGCCGAGAGGCGGAGUCCGAAAGGGAGAACACCACGGUUCACCUGUCCACCCACCCAGACUCCGACAGCAUGCCCGUGGCCAGCGGAGACCGGUUCCGGUUCCUGGACCUCCACGUGAUGUCCGACUGCCAGGUGGAGCGCUCCGAACUGAUCGUGAGCAGCUGCCUGGACUCUGAGACGAUGGACUUUGAGAGGAGCCAACGCUUUCUGGACAAAGGGUGUCCGAUGUCCGCGGACUUCUCGGAAAUCGAAGUUCCACAGGGCAAUACCAAAAUCUACCGCCUUGAUUUGAACAGAAUGGCAAUCAAUGGAACAAUGAUGUACGUGCAGUGCGUCGUCAACCUGUGCAUGUCCACCGUUCCUUCGGCUGCGUGCCCCGAUCUGUGUCGAGGCAUCCAGGUCCAGAUGCCUCUGGUUAACAGUGUGUUCACAAACAGCUACACCGUCAGGUCGGGGCCCGUUAGCCUCGUGCGCACCAGUACGACUGCGCCCACUACAGCUGCACCCACUACAACCACAGCGGCUACCACAGCCGAACCCGUGACCCCGGGGUCGCAUGCUACUGAACAGACGUCAUCCAUGACGACAGGCUUCUUGGUGACUGUCAUCGGCAUGUUUUUCUGUGGAAUUUAUUGAACUUUCAGCUGGGAAACGAUGACCCCGAAUAUGAAGGGCAGCACUGUGAAAUGCAAACCUCGAAUGUGACACGACUCCACUCUUUUCUGAGACAUGAAAAUGAAAAUCAGAAGUGUCUUCACGACUGAAAAAGAAGAUCACUUUGGUUUUGGUUUUUUUUGUUUUUUUUUUUUUUUAUAUCAAAGUGCUAUAUAAACAAAGCUUGAUUUGAUAAAAUGUUGAAACGUUGACUGCUUUGAGCACAUUAUCCACUUUCACCUGCGGAGAAUAUAGAAUAUGAGGAAACGUGGUUCGGACAAGCAGCUCCUGAAUGAAAUAUUCUCCCUGAGAUCAAGCUUUAAUUUUUAUUUGCUCUCAUUAAGUCUAACAGUCUGAAAACUGUUGCAUGUUAUUUUUAUCUUUCCCCUCGUUACCUCGCAGCACGCUGUUGUUUGAGACAAUUAAAUGCUGAUUUUGUUGAAAUGUACUUGUGCCUUAACACACAGAAAUGGAUGUAUUCAUCUUUAACUAAUAAACAGUUUCACCUCA